CAUGCAGAUCCUGAGCUCCUGGUCUAGAGCUUGGGCUGUGCUUGGUGCCGGGGUAAUAGGCACUAGUGUGCCCACCAUGACCAAACCAGAGGUGGGGCCCAGGGCACGAGGGAGGAGGAAGCACAUUCUGGGAGAAACCAGAUUCUGCAGCAGUCAGCUGUGGUCAGGCUAGCUAGAUGUGGCCCCAGGCCACACUCUGAGGUCUCCUGCUCCCAGGACAGUCUCUUGCCUUGUCGACUAUGUUUAUUGUUCUCUCGGACCUCUCCUGUCGACAAUCUGCUGGCCACUGCCCCGCCCUCUGAAGUUUCCCCGGGUCAUCCUCAUGGUUCUUUUCUCCAUCAGCUCCUGCAGCACAGCAAAGCUCACCACUUCUAGGAUCCGAAACCAGACAUGAGGCCAUGUUCUCCACCUGUGAAGAAUGAAAAAUGGGCAGUGAUGACAGGAAACAUAAGCAUGAAAAGAAGUAUUAAAACUACAGAUCCUAAAACUCAGCAAGGCAGGCACUGGGAGCCCCCACUGCUGUAAAAGAGAAAAAAAUUCCCACUUUGCAAUCACAUCUGAUCGACAGGAAGCUCUAAGUUUGUGGGAAGAGGGAUACGUCUAACCCUCCCGGAACCAUCAGGUAGAGGUGCCCACUGGCUGCCUGGCGACAGGCUUUCUAGGCAGCAGACGAUGCAGGGGAAUAAGAAGUGCACGGAUGGGCUCAGCGACUCCUCGAGCAUCGGCAGUGUGCUGGAUGACGCCGACAGGGAGGUGAGCAGCCUCACGGACAGGGCAUUCCGGAGUCUGUGCGUCUCAGAAGACACAUCCUUCAACGAUGCCGACCUGGCCCUGUCCCCAGAUAUCACCCGCCAGGUGUUUGGGAGUUUUCACCAGGGAACAGUGAGCCACACCCACAGGAAAAGCGGCAUUUGGAGUCAGUUACCGUCACAAGGCACAGAGCAUGCAGGCUGGGCAGCCACGUUCCAACAGCUACCGAAGUACGUUCAAGGAGAGGAAAAGUACCCUAAAAGCAGCCCCCCACUGACACCAGCCCAGGGGAGACUGGAGGUGCCAAUUUCUGGCCUGAGGAGCAGCAGCAAGCCUAUUUCCAAAGUGUCCUCCCUAAUUAAAUCUUUCGACAGGCCCGAGAGCCAACAUUGUGAUAGCAGACCUCCUACUAGCAAGCCUCCGGCUCUCAAAACCCCCCCGAAAUUUGCUCCUCUCCCAGACAGUGGUGUCAACUUCUGCUUUGAUUCUGCCUUUUUGACUGUCAGGAGGGUGCCCGCCGAAGUCUCCAGCACCCAUCAGAAUAGCCUCCAGCCUGGCAGGAAGCUUGGGGAGCAGGAGGCCCCCAAGAGUCCCGAAAUGGUGUGUCAAGGCUCCAGUGGCUUCCUCCCAACAACUGAAAACGUGGCAAACUCAUUGGAGUCUAAGUUCUCCUCCCCACCCCACAACCCAGCUGUGAGUGAACCUGAGAGAAGCAAGGAGUGGGCUCGCAAAGGCACUUUCCUUCAUAGUGAAAAUAGUGCUUUUGAAUCAUGGAGCACCCGCCAACCACGACUGCCCGAGAGAAAGGACCCUGCUGAAGCCGUCCUUGAAAGCAAAUCUCCCAAACAUUAUGAGGACACACCCUUGUUAAGAGAGCCCAGGGCCCCUGCUGAAUGCAAAGUCUCUCCCUGCCAAGUCCGGGCCAGCUGCGGUCAAGAAGAGAACAGGCUGGCAGUAGGUGCUCUCUCCACAUCAGAACCCUGGAGAUCUAGGGACCCAGGAGUCCAAGUGGAGGAAAAAGCUUCCAGCUCACAGCCUGACCCUCAGGUGAAGUCGAUCCAGCCCCCCUGGAGGAAAACAAAGACUCGCAAAGGAGGGAAAGAAAAUGUACCAGAUGCUUCGGAGGAGAAGAAGCAGAUCGACAGGAGAGGCCCAGUCUUGUAUACAAAGCACAAUCCUCAGGGGCAGUUUCCAGAAAAUGAUGCUCUGGACAAUGGCACGGAUGACAAUGAGCAUUAUAAUCCUCCUUUUAACAUCAGUAAGCUUCUGACCCCCGUCAUACCCACCAAGCAUGUCCUGGACUCAUCUGACAGCCAGCCGUCACCCCAGGCACAGCUGAAUGGAUACCAAGAGAAGGAGCCCGGUGAGUGUCCGUCUCGGGAAAGCUACAAAUCCAAAGCCCCCAGCCUGUUGUUCAACCUGAAGGAUGUGCGGAAGUGCGUUAAGAGCACAUACAGUCCCUCACCUCUCUUGAAAGGCCUCGAUGAGAAAACCAGAGGCAAGCAAGACCCCGUGAGCAAUGGCAUCGUCCUUUCCAACGGGCUUGAGGAAAGUCCCCCAAAUGAGCUUCCUAAGGAGAGACCAGCAGGCACUCCUCUGACAAGGCUCAGUACCCAGAAAGACCCUAACUCUGAUCCCGGCGCAAGCUCUGCAGACAACUAUGUAACCCUCAGCUCACCUCCAGCCAUCACCACAGCCCCCUCCUGUGUCAACGGGGAGGCUGCCGACAGGAACAGCUAUGAGAAGGAUGUCGCCAACGGAGAUUCGGAUUUGGGCCCUGCCAGGUCCAGUUGGUGUCCAGACUCCAGGGAACGCUGCCCCAGGAAGCACCUGUCCCUGAAGCUUUGCAGCAGAGAGCCUGAGGUGGGGAGGGCUGUGGAGCAACCGAAGAACCCCAGCUUAGAGAAUGGGGUUUUGAGAUCCAUCUCUCAGGAGACAGAACCUGAGAGAGAGGCAGGACUUCAGAAUCCAAACUUCAGCCAGAAAUUCUCCCCAGGGCCCCUUUCUCCCGAGGAGGAGGAUGUGUUUUAUAGCGACAGCCAGUCUGAUUUUAUGCCAGGCCUCAAGAGUAAGGCAAAAUUCAGCACCAGCUCUUCAGAUCAGUCCUUUGCCUCAUUUGAAGAUCAGCAGAAGACGUGGUUCAUCGAAAGCCAGCAGGAAGACAAGAAGAAUGACAUGCGUGCAGGUGACAGUCAGAAAGAUGAGAAGGAGAAUGCGCUAGGGAAAGACGAGCUGCAGCACUGUGCCUCCAGUAGGGGGCACACCUGCGUGGAGGAGCACAGCCAGAGGGGAACGUUGCACGGAGAAGGGGAAAGUGUAUCUGAAGGGAGACCCAGGAAGGCAUCGAGGGAGGAAGCUAAUGUCAGAGGCACUUGGAUCAGCGGAAGUAAGGACGUGGCUCUUUCACAGGCCAAAGACCUUACUCCCUCACCAUCUUCCACUUCGAACAAGCACAUACUGUUUGCAAUUAAAGACAAUACCCUCAGGGCUACCCCCGUGAUAAAACCCAUCAUGCUGCCCCUCCUGAGGACCUUGUCCUCAGAGAACCCACUGGGCAGUGGCCACAAAGAGGAAGAACUGCCACGGCAACACUGGGGUGAGGAUGCUGGUCUUUGUGCCCCCCAGAGUCAAGAAGUGCCCAGCAUCCCAACACCCACGGGCAUGCAAGGCACACACUUAGAGCAUGUGGUCCACAAGGGCAUGGAGGACCACAUGUGGGUGCCCAGUGUGGCCAGGACGGAGACAAGUGGGAAUGUCUCAUCUCCUACCCUCGUAGGAGAGGGCAACGGGCUGAAGCCACCCCCAGAUGCCUCAUGGAGGGUUGUGGCAAACGACGGCAAGAACGGCUCCACAGACCAGGGGAAGCUGGAGUCUCCAAGGCGCAUCCCCCUGAUCGCUUUCCCUGAAAGCUACUUAGAAGACCAGACACCCCCACAGCAGCGUAAAAACUCUUGGGAAGUAGAGACACAAGAUUUCAGAAGUCACUUUUUGUCUACACCCAGAGCAGGGCCCCCAGGGAGAAGAUUGGCCCCUGGUGAGAUGGAAAGUUCCCCCAACACCAGCUCUCUAGGGGAAAGUAAUGCAUGUUCCCCUGCCACCAGCAGCAUUUGGGACGAUGCUUCUCAGACCCCCAGUGAACUAAGCCUGAUGCCAGGGUCACCUUCCCGUGCCAGUCCCUGGGCCAGCCCUGGCCCUGCCAGGGUCUCCCGGAGGGAGGACCUGACACAUGCCUUCACAUGGGAGGCCAGCUCCGACCCCCAAUUUGAGCCAUCAGCAGACCUCAGGACACUCUCUCCAAGAGGCUCAUUGGUGGACCGGGCCCUCAGCUCAGCAAGCUUCCCUGAAAAACCGGAGCCCCCUGCUCACCUGGAGAGGGCGGCCACCAAGCCGCCUGCAGUCCCGCCCAAAACAGAAAAGGCUCUGCGGCGGGCGAAGAAGUUGGCAAGCAAGAGGAGAAAGCCCGACCAGACACAGGAAAUGCAUGGUGAACCCCGCGAGGAAAAGCCCUGCCUGGAGGACUCAGAGCACCGGCCCCUGUCCCCCCAAGAGGGGCCCCGGCCCAGGUUCCCCCUGGUCCGUUCCCUGCCCGCUCCUGUGCACCGCCACUCAGUGUCCACCUUCUCAGAGCCAGUCAGGAGGCAGCCUGGGGGACCCCAGUCCUUCGUGCCCCUGCCCCCUUACAGGGCCACCCAGAAGGUCCUCCAAGACCCUCAAUCUGGAGAGUACUUUAUCUUCGACCUGCCACUCCAGGUGAAAAUCAAGACCUUCUAUGACCCAGAGACAGGCAAAUACGUCAAGGUCUCCAUCCCAUUUUCUGAGGGGGCUUCCCCUGAGCCCCCCCUGCCAGACAUGCUUGCUGCGCCCUACAUGCUAUACCCCAGCAUCCGGCCCCUGCCCACGACCACCUUGAUGCCACUGCGCUGCUCCUCUCAGCUCUCUGCCCCCACCUUCCUAAGGCAGGGCCCUGGCACCACCGAGGCAACUGGCCCUGGGCCCCAGAGCUCCCGUGCUGCUGACCUGCAGCCAGCCCCUGGGCCUCCUGGUGUCCCCAACCAGCACUGUACAGACCAGCGCUCCGAUGGGCCUCCGCGGAGCCCAGGGGACGAGGGGGAAGGCACGCCCAGCCUGGGCAUCAUCUCCACCGGUGACCUAGAGGACUUCGCCACAGAAGGCGUUUCUUGAGAAUUACAGCAGACUAACGCCCCGCCCCAAUACACCCAGAAGACCUUACUUCCCCUUCCCUCAGAACAAUCAAUCAGUUCCUUACACACACACACACACACACACACACACACACACACACACACACACCAUACUUAGCCAUUAGAGGUUCCUAAAGUCUCAAAGGAAGUGCGGAUCCUGAGAAAACUUCACCUGAAGGGCUCCCCAGGGCUCCCCUUCCUGGAAGGUCACUAAUUGCAUGACUGGGUCCGUUCUGAGCCCCUUCCCAGACCCCAGAUCCACUCCAAUCCUUUUCUCUUCCCCUCCCUUCCUCUCCGUCCUUCUGCUCUGACCCUGCUACUAGGGUGGGUCCACCCUGAUUUCUCAGGGCUGUUCUGCUCCAGCACCAGCCCCACUCCUUCUCUAGGACAGGCUCACACAGUAAGCAAGGCCCUGAGACCCCCAGAAAGGCUGCGCUGGGUCCUGCAGGCAAGCAGACCACCCGGCACACACCCCUCUAGGCCCCACAGCACCAGGUCAAGCCACCCCAUCACCCAAACACAGCAGCCGUUUCCAGGUCACCUCAGACGGAAAUGGCUGAGGACCCACCCAAGGCAAUCUUACAAAAAUGUUUAUUCCAAUAGAAUGGUUUUCUUUACUGGGAAAACUUUCCUCUGAGAGCUAUUUUCUGAUAAAGAAAAUGCUGCCUUUUAAGAAGUGAAAGAAGUUUGCAGAUGUGGUUCUGUCACUGGACUCUGUCUCUUCUGUGGGCAGUGGUGGGUCAAGGGCCACGUGCCCUCCAGGCCUUGUAUCUCGGCCUGCAGGCUACACAGGGUCUUCAGGUCUGAGCAGAGCAACAGCCGCAGCGUCUCCUGCCUCCCCAUGUCCCUCCUCGAUCCUUCCACACCUGUCCAUGCCCCCUGGGGCCAGGACCUGCACUAGUCCUGGGGCAAAGAUGAGGAGAACCCAAACCUACCAUCAGGAACCUGAGUCAGGCCCUGACUGUCCCGCUUUAGUGAUCAGCAGCUGUGCUCGUGCUCAAAAGGAAAUAGUAUUUUCCCCAAGUCCCUGGCCUUUGGGAUUUGGAGGAAAGUAUCUGAAUCAACUCAAGGGAGCAGAAUGCAGGAACCUCCUCUGCACCUCUGGGAGCAGUGUGGCUCUGUGAGCAGAUGCCCGCGUGGG